AUUGCCACUUGAGCAGAGUAGGACUUUGCUAGGUAGGGUGUGUGUGUGUGUGUGUGUGUGUGUGUGUGUGUGUGUGUGUGAGUGAGUGAGUGAGUGAGGGGAGAGGUGGCUACCAUCCUCGGGUCUCUCUGUGUGGUACAAACCCUUGCCCUGAAUGAGAAGACCCUGGGUAGGAGGCAUCACCAGUGCCCUGGAGGUUGCCAUCUGGGGGAGCCUGGAGAGAAAGAGUAGCCUAUGGAGGUCUGGGCUUAGUAUGUAUUUCCUUUCAUCCCACACAUGUUUGAAGUCCCUGUGAGGUGAAUAUGGUCAAUAUGGAUAUGGGGGAAUACACCAACACAAUCUCUGGCCACUUGGAUCUUCUAGUCUAGUGAGGAAGCCAGCCAUUAAAGUCACACACAUCCAAAUAAAUAUGUGGUGGACAGUGGUGGUGCUGGCAGCGCUCCCCUCCCUGGGGGCAGGUGGGGAGGCCCCCGAAGCGCCUCCAGAGUCAUGGACGCAGCUGUGGUUUUUCCGUUUUUUGGUGAAUGCUGCUGGCUAUGCCAGUUUUAUGGUACCUGGCUACCUGCUGGUGCAGUACUUCAAGCGGAAGAACUACCUGGAGACAGGCAGGGGUCUCUGCUUCCCCCUGGUGAAAACUUGUGUGUUUGGCAAUGAGCCCAAGGCCUCUGACGAGGUUCCCCUGGCUUCCCGGACUGAGCCGGCGGAGACCACUCCCACUUGGCAGGCCCUGAAGCUGCUCUUCUGUGCUGCGGGGCUCCAGGUGUCUUACCUGACUUGGGGUGUGCUGCAGGAAAGAGUGAUGACCCGCAGCUACGGGGCUACUGCCACAUCGCCAGGUGAGCGCUUCACAGACUCCCAGUUCCUGGUGCUGAUGAACCGAGUGCUGGCCCUGCUGGUGGCCGGCCUCUACUGUGUCCUCUGCAAGCAGCCCCGGCAUGGGGCGCCCAUGUACCGGUACUCCUUUGCCAGCCUGUCAAACGUGCUCAGCAGCUGGUGUCAGUAUGAAGCACUCAAGUUCGUCAGCUUCCCCACCCAGGUGCUGGCCAAGGCCUCGAAGGUGAUUCCGGUCAUGCUGAUGGGAAAGCUGGUGUCCCGGCGCAGCUACGAGCACUGGGAAUACCUGACGGCCGGCCUCAUCUCCAUCGGGGUCAGCAUGUUCCUGCUGUCCAGCGGACCGGAGCCCCGCAGCUCCCCGGCCACCACCCUGUCGGGCCUCAUCCUCCUGGCAGGCUACAUUGCCUUUGACAGCUUCACCUCAAACUGGCAGGAUGCUCUGUUCGCCUAUAAGAUGUCUUCGGUGCAGAUGAUGUUUGGGGUCAACUUCUUCUCCUGCCUCUUCACCGUGGGCUCCCUGCUGGAGCAGGGGGCCCUCCUGGAGGGGACUCGCUUCAUGGGGCGACACAGCGAAUUUGCCGCACAUGCCCUUCUCCUCUCUGUGUGUUCUGCGUGUGGCCAGCUCUUCAUCUUCUACACCAUCGGGCAGUUUGGGGCUGCUGUCUUCACCAUCAUCAUGACCCUCCGCCAGGCCUUCGCCAUCCUCCUCUCCUGCCUCCUCUACGGCCACACCAUCACUGUGGUGGGGGGUCUGGGGGUGGCUGUGGUCUUCGCUGCCCUCCUCCUCAGAGUCUACGCCCGGGGCCGACUAAAGCAACGGGGAAAGAAGGCUAUGCCUGUCGAGUCCUCAGUGCAGAAAGUUUGAGGAGCCUGAGGGAUGAAGUCACAGGAGAACCUCACCAUACCAGUUUUCCUCUUCUACUGUAACUUCGGAGGCAGCUGGUUCAAGGUCAGAACACAGGUUAUCAGGAUCACAAACCAGCUCUGUGGGUUGGGUGUUGGGUCCAGGAGGCUACCUUCCCCUUUGCCUUAAGUCACCCGUCCUCUGGAAGGGAUUAUUCUGAGCCCCAGGGCAGAGGACCUUCCUCAGUGGGUGGGAGGCAGUUGCUGGGGAAGGCAGAGGUACCUCCUUCUAAGGGCCCUCUCCAGUUCCCUCAAGGCUUGCCCUGGGGGCUCAGCCACCAACACACCUGUGCUUGCCCCCUACCUUGAAUGGCCCACCCUUGUGGACUCCCUCCCAGAGACCUACAGUUCUUACUCUGGUGAGAAAAGCACAAGUGUUGUAGGCUCCCAGUGCUGCUUUUUCCUUCCCGGGAGUCCCUGAAAGAUGGUGCUGUGCUGGGGAGGGGAGAGCCCCACCCAGCACCACCACCCUGCUCCUGGAUCCCAGGGCUCUGCUCCAAGAGCCGGAUGCAGGUUUUGGUACUUUCGAAAUGUAACUUUUUGCUCUUCUAAUUUUAUUUUAUUAAAUUAAACUGCUGCAAUGGGCUCGA